AUGCCCAAAGGUGGCUGCCUCUGCGGCAAGAUCCGCAUUGCCUACGAAGGGGAGCCCAAUGCCAAGGUCAUCUGCCACUGCACAGACUGCCGCAAGAUCAGCGGGUCGACGUACGGGGCUGAUCUCCUCGUCCCUGCCGACCGGCUCGUCGUGACCGCAGGCGACCCACGCCUUUACCAGAAGCUGGCGGACUCGGGACGCAUCCUGACCUCUCGCUUCUGUGGUGAUUGCGGCACGACGCUCUACCGGGCGUGCGACGAGGACCCCUCUGCCUUCGGGGGCGCAGUCAUUGUCAAGUUGGGCGUCCUUGAUGACGAACCACGCACCGUGCUUGACGAUGCUAAGCCAACCGCCGAGCUCUUCGUUAGGCAACGGGUUGGGUGGGUGGCACCCAUUCAGGGCGCCGAGCAAAGAGUAGGGAUGCGCUGA